AUGACCGAGUAUAAGCUGGUGGUAGUGGGAGCGGGAGGCGUGGGCAAGAGUGCACUCACCAUCCAGCUCAUCCAGAACCACUUUGUUGACGAAUAUGAUCCAACUAUUGAGGACUCGUACCGGAAGCAGGUUGUGAUUGACGGAGAAACGUGCCUGCUGGACAUCCUGGACACAGCUGGUCAGGAGGAGUACAGCGCUAUGAGGGACCAGUACAUGAGGACGGGAGAGGGCUUUCUGUGUGUCUUUGCCAUCAAUAACACAAAAUCAUUCGAGGACAUCCACCAAUACAGAGAGCAGAUCAAACGAGUAAAGGACUCUGAUGACGUCCCCAUGGUGCUCGUAGGCAACAAGUGUGAUCUCCCUGUGCGCACAGUGGAGACGAGACAAGCCCAGGAACUCGCCCGCUCCUACGGCAUCCCGUACAUCGAGACUUCGGCAAAGACACGGCAGGGAGUGGAAGACGCCUUCUAUACACUGGUUCGGGAGAUCAGACAGCACAAGCUGCGAAAGUUAAACCCGCCUGACGAAAGCGGCCAGGACUGUAUGAGCUGCCGCUGUGUGGUGUCUUGA